CGGGAAUCUCGCGCGAGCUUAAGUUCCGCGCUUGCGCAGAGUCACCGACAUGGCGCCGCCGUUGAAGAGAGUGGUAGAGGCUCUGACUGAGCUCACACAGCCUGGGGAAGCAUGGACGGCACAGAGCAGUCAAGAGAAUGUGCUACGGCAGACACUGUGUCACAAUCUGUUAGCCCUCGACCAGAAGCUGCAGCAGGAUUCUAACUGGGCAACUUUACAGCAGCUGAGGGAACAGGUGAUAUCUCAGUUAACGUGGGCAGUGAGGUCAGAUGAUGUAGUCUGGAACUUUGUUUCUGAGGUUCUAGUACAGCUUUUGUGUUUAAAGCAGACGAUGAUCGAGUUGUUAGUGCAGUUCGUACCCCCAAAACCAAAUCCAAAGUCUCCAGAAUGUGCUCCUGCAUUACCUCCAGAUACUCUGAGCAUCUCACAACAGAAAAUAGUCCAGACUGCACUGCAGUUUGUUGUCAUUCUUGGCAUCUGCCCAUACCUUCUACCAGGAGUGGGAACUCCUCUUAGAUGCAGAUCAGAUUUUGCAGCAACUGUGGAGAAACUGGUUUGUUAUUUGGCAUCUCCCAGAGGAAUGUGGAGGCUUCACGUUGUCACUAUGGCACUCCUCGACGUCGCUCAACACUCUUCCUUAGAGAGCCUGAUCCUCACCAGGCAUCUUGGAGAUUUGUUAGCCAGUCUCUGCCAGCUGGCAUAUUCACCAAACAAGUAUCAUUUGAACCUGACAUCAGAGGAGUAUUCGCAUCAAGAGGACAGAGAAAAACAGAAGGGCCUUACGGAUGCUGAGCAGCACAGCUGCCAACAGGCUUUACGGAACCUUCUGGAUCGAGUGUAUCAACCAAUUGUUGUCAAGGAGUUGCUGAUCUUACAGGGAGGAACAAAACAGAUGGCGCCUGCGUGUGUUGGAAAAACACGAACAUUUUCACAAACCCCUUCAUGGCUGCGACGCCGCUGUGGGCAGCUGCUGUCCGAGAGAUUGAUGAAGCCGAAUGGUAUUCAGGCAGUGGUCAGAGGAAUAGUAGAAGGAGCUGGAACUGGAAUUGCUGGAGGUCAGAGUGCAGAAGCAGCAGCUGCUGAUUGGAGAAAGUGUGAUGUUGUUGCCAGGAUCCUGGCUUCCUGUCCUCAGCAAUGUCUGUCUGUUGAAGAAUACUACAGGCAGGUGUGCCCUCAGGUUCUUGACCUGUUUCACAUCAAGGACAAGCUGACAGCUUGUCAGUUUCAGAGAGUGGCAACAAUGACUUUCCUCUCGAUGGUAAAGGAACAACCUGAACUUGCUGAUAAGUAUCUCCUGAAGCCUCUACUUGCUCCUCUGAUCUGCUGCUUGGAAAACAAAGGAGAAAGUGGAAAACAGAAGACAAGAUUGGGGAGGAGGAAUGGGACAAAGAAGGAAAUGGUGGAGGGUUCUAGACAGGUGGGCACAGUGAUUGUGGAAGAGUCAGAGCUGACCUGUUGUGUGGAUGAUAUAUAUAAGGUGUAUGUGGUUGGAAAUGACCCAUGUUCUAAGCUGUUAGAAUCUCUGAAGGCAGUAAUUCCAGCAAUCUUUAGUCUUUAUUGCUUCACAACACGCGGAGUUUCACAUUUGCGCUCUGGUUGCCAGGAGAUUCUUUUGUGGUUCCUGCAAAAAUCUGAACCUCCAGUAGCUAUGUUGGUGUUGAAGCAACUUGCAGGCCUGGCACAAUCAAGUCCUAUCAUACACCCAUUGUACCAUUUUACAGCAGGCAGUGAGGGAGGUGUGAAGCUCACUGUGAAGGAGACAGUAAGUGAUGAAGAUGAGAUUUUGUACAAGAAAGUGUCCUCGGAGCAGUGGCGGAUUGAGUGCCUGGCACAGUUACUGAGCAAUCUUCAGGAGAACAACCUUACAGGAGAUUUCUUCAUUGAGUGUUUGAAGGGUCUUACAUGUUUAGCAGGAGAGACGGAUGACAGGCUUGCAACAAGCCGCAGUGAUGGCUUGCCUGAAUUGGAGCAGCGGGAACAACAGUUGGUCAUCUUGCAACUCAUUGCUGUGUUAUGCGAGAGAUUUGGUCAUCUCAUCCUCAACAACACUGUGCACGUCAUUGAAUUCGUCAUUACAACAUUGGAUCGUUGCUGCGUAAACUUGAUGCACCAAACUGAGGAGACUGUUGAAGCACAGACACUAAGUAUGGGAAUGGGUCUGAUUGCAUCCAUGCUGGGAGGAGCUGUUCAGCUCACCUCAACAGAUUUUGAUGCCAUGAAACCAAUGUUACCCAGACUUGAGCAGAUUGCAGUGUUACAUCCUGAUCCUGUUAUACAAGAGUUGGCAUCAGACUUGCGCAUUACUGUUGCUACCCAUGGAGCGUUCUCCACUGAAACAGUUGUAACAGCUGCACAAAGCACCAUGGGCAACCAAAAUAAACAGGAUGACAAACCAACAAAGUCCAGCCACCCAAAAGAAACUUGUCCAGUGACUAGAAGCCAACGACAGUCACCUACUUCACAUAGUGUUGGUGCGAUGGAGCACGGGAACAUGGCCACCCCUGGCAACUCACCCAGGAACUUCCACCAGAUUCUUCAGAUUGCCUUUGAUCCCGAGGUCCCCACACGAGCCGCUGCUCUAAGGACAAUUAGCCAGAUGGUUCGACAACGUAACCCUGAUGCUCUCAGCAACCAAGAGAAGGUUCUGUUGGUAUUUCUGGAAAAUCUGAAGCACGAAGACUCAUUUGUUUAUUUGUCUGCAAUUCAAGGUUUGUCGGUUCUAGCAGAUGUGUAUCCAGCUCAAAUCCUGCCACGGUUACUGGAUGAAUAUCGGAUAUCACCAGAAGGAGCUGAAAAAACAAGAUGUGUUGAGACCCGGAUGAAGAUGGGAGAGGUACUAAUGCGAAGUACAAAAGCAUUGGGUGAGAUAGCUUCACAUUAUCGUGAUCCUUUGAUACGGGUGUUUUUGAUGGGGACGAAAGACUCCGAUAGUACAGUGCGGGCUAGUAGCCUAUCGAAUCUGGGUGAGCUCUGUCAGUGUCUGCAAUUCGCUGUAGGAUCAGUGAUUCAUGAGGUGACUGAAUGUCUUACAGGCAUUGUGAAGACAGAACGGGAACCAGAGGUGCGUCGAGCUGCAAUUCAUGUCAUCACUCUUUUACUCCGUGGACUUAGUGAAAAGACACUUCAGGUUCUGGAUGAGGUUCUACGAGAUCUCUAUCGACUGUUAAAGUAUGUGAUCCAGGCUGAUGAAGAUGAAGUGGUGGUGGUACAUGCACAGAUUGCACUAGAAGAGCUGGACCACAUUGUCAGGAGAUUUCUGUUCCCAGAAGAAAAUCUGCAGAAAAAAAUAGUCAUCCUUCCAUAGCAGAAGGUGCCAGAGCCCCUCUGCACUGAAAUCUAGGAUCAACCGAUUUGAAUAUUUUUCAAAUCCAUCUUUAAGACUAUGACGGAACUCCAAUAAUACCAUGCCCCAUUUAGUCUUGUGUUUUUUUUUGUAAACUUAAUACAGUCCAACAGAUCUGUACGAAGCAUUAUAAGGUGCAGACAUGAUUACAUUUGUUGAGUUGUUGCACAUUCUCUCCAAAUUUCCCAGGAAGAUGAGUUUUCUUAAGAUGAUAGUAUGGCUGGCAGUUUUAGUUAAUGUUAACGGCUGCCAGUACAGGAGAUUGUGUUUCUGGUACCAUCUUUACUGAAUAGGGUAUUGUUUGCUGGAUUAAUAGGGAGGGUUUGAUCUUUCAUAUCACUUCACAAUAACAGUGUACAAUUAAGCUCAACUGUGUGGUCUUUCCCCACUGAUUCUCCCAAGCCCAUUCUCUUUGCAUGUAGUUUGGCCAGACAGCAAGUAGUGAAAAUCUGAUCACCCAUCUAUGUGUAAUUAUAAAUGAGAUGAUGAAGCAUUUACCUAUGUACAAUGCACAUAAAAUGCACUUUCAAAUUUCAGUAUGACUCAUUCAUAAUGCCGAGUUGACAAGAUUUAAAAAUUUGCAGUCAGUGAGGAGUGGGACGGGCAAUGGGAUGUAGAGAAAGAGAAAGCAAAGACGAACAAAUAUGGAAAACGAAAUUCUGGAGUUUGAAGAUCACCAAAAGGUCAACAGCAAAGUUGACUGAUUAACACUGUUUAUUAUAUAUCCUACCAUCAUUUGGUGCAAUGCAAUUAUUGUUUAUUAACUAAAAUUAAGAUAAAUUAGGGAGUAAAGCAGGAUCUAUGGAGAGGGAAACAAUUUACACAGAGCUUCCCAUAAAAAAGCCACAAUCCCCAAUUAUACGCCAACAGCUGCUACAGUCCACUGAAUGUAACAUCUCUGAGGAAUCCUUUAAAUUCACCCUAUUUUAAUGAUGGGACCUGACUUAGUUGACUGAUCCUUGAGGUCCAAUUCCUGCUCCCAAAAAGCUUAGUGGAAGACUUCCUUUUAAAAAUAUUCCUGUAGAUUAAAAGGCCUGA